AUGAAAUCCCCACGACCAAAUAAUUCAUCAAAAAUCACCACUCAAAUACACCACAAAUUUAGCCUCUUGAUCGGAAUCCUAACCCGCGCUGACAACUAUGAGCGACGACAUUUCCUCCGCCUCAUCUACGGCAUCCAAUCUUCUCCCUUGGCAAAAAUUGAUGUAAAAUUCAUUGUAUGCAACCUCACUAAACCCGAGCAACGUAUGCUGGUUGCCCUAGAAAUCCUCCGUUACGAUGACAUUAUUGUCCUCAAUUGCACCGAGAACAUGAACGAGGGAAAAACCUACACCUACUUUUCUUCGCUUCCAAACAUCCUUAAAAAUAGGUACGACUACGUCAUGAAGGUGGAUGACGACGUUUUCAUCCGACUCGAGCCGUUGGCGUCGUCUCUCGAGCCAUUGCCUCGGCUAGACUUGUAUUAUGGGUUUGUAAUUCCAUGCAAUAGCAAAAACCCUUUUGUGGAAUACAUGUCAGGGAUGGGAUUCUUGCUCUCUUGGGACCUUGUGGAGUGGAUUUCGGAGUCAAGUAUCCCUAAAUUGGACCUGUUUGGACCCGAGGAUAGGCUGGUGGGAAAAUGGUUAAGGAUGGGGAAUAAGGCCCAAAACAGGUUUUCCAAUAAGCCCGCCAUGUACGAUUACCCAGGAACUAACGGGAAGUGCUCUCACGACCUCAUACCAGAGACUAUUGCCGUUCAUAGACUUAAGAAAUGGGAUCAAUGGCUUCAUGUACUCGAGUUUUUCAAUGUAACAAAACAAUUGAACAAGUCUAGUUUGUACCAUUUAUGA